CCAGCAGCACCAUGGCAGGCAGCAGGGCGGCGGGCUCGGACCGCUCCUAUUCCGUCGCGCCGCCGGUCCGCGCUAGGGUGUGAGGGGUUUCCCCUCCGCCCCGCAGGGGGUGCCGCGGCCGCCCGGCUGGGCAGCGCCGCCACCGCCGCCCCCCGCCUCCUUUUUUCGUCCUCCUGCCCGCUAUGGCCGCCCGCGGAGCUGAGCGGCUUCGCGCGGAGCGGCGUGCCAGUGCCGGGGCCUCGCCGCUGCCUGCCAGCGCCCCGUGAGGGGGGACAAGCGGGGCGGCGUGUCCCUGCGCUCAGCCCGGCCCCCCCGCUCCCCGCAGCGGAGAUGUGCGAGACCCGUGCGAAGGGAGUCGCUUCUUAGACCGGCAGCCAGGAUGGUGCAGCUGCGGCCCCUGCCCCUCAUCGUCGUCCAGGGCGUCCUCCAGCUCGUAUUUUGUGACACUAAUCGAGUCGUACAAGCCACAGAUGUGCUGGACUGGGAAGACAAGGAUGCUGCAGAGACACUCGUUGACAACGUGGUCCAUUCCAGGAUCAUCAAUCCUUUACGCCUGUUUGUUAAGCCAUCUCCAGUACUGAAACAUGGCCAGGUGUCCUACUCGGACAGUAUAGAAAACUUCUGGGAUUGGUUGUCCAAUAUCACAGAGGUUCAGGAAUCCCUCACACGAACUAAACGCAGACCUAUAGUAAAAACUGGGAAAUUCAAGAAAAUGUUCGGAUGGGGCGACUUCCACUCUAACAUCAAAACUGUUAAGCUGAACCUCCUCAUCACAGGGAAGAUUGUCGAUCAUGGCAAUGGGACCUUCAGUGUUUAUUUCCGACAUAACUCCACAGGUUUAGGAAAUGUUUCUGUAAGCCUCGUGCCACCUUCCAAGGUGGUUGAGUUUGAAUCAUCUCCACAGUCAACACUGGAGACCAAGGAAUCCAAGUCCUUCAACUGCCGAAUCGAGUAUGAAAAAACAGACCGCGCUAAAAAAACUGCCUUGUGCAAUUUUGAUCCUUCAAAGAUCUGCUACCAAGAGCAGACUCAAAGCCAUGUCUCCUGGUUGUGUUCCAAACCCUUUAAAGUUAUCUGCAUCUACAUUGCUUUCUACAGCGUAGAUUACAAACUGGUGCAAAAGGUCUGUCCUGAUUAUAAUUACCAUAGUGAGACUCCGUACUUGUCUUCUGGCUGAUGCGGUUGUGGGUAACUAGAGAUACAGCAUCACUCAAAAAUACGCAUUUCCAUUAACCUUUUGGACAAGAACAUGCUUUCCUAACAGGUUAAAAAAUCCUUAAAAACUGUAGUGGUGUUUGUGCUGUAUCGUAGAUCAGUAGU